CAUCGUUAUUCACAGUUCAGACGUUCUUUUGUUUUUUGUUUUGUAUAUGUGAAUCAUCUUCUGCUUCUGCUAAAACGUAAACGCAAGUGAAUUAUCAACAAUUUUGAUAACACACAACACACAUCAUUAGGUUGCACCGUUUUCUCCUAUCAACCCAUUAGUUCUUCUGUAAUUUUGCUCUUGACCCUUGUCUGUCAUCUAGAACACAAUUCUUGUCAAAACGGUGGUGAUAGCUUCAUCCUUUGGAAUUUUUCAUGUACCCUCUUGGUGCCUCCCUUUGUUUCAAGAGGUUAAACUUUACUCUAAUACAUCUAUAUCAUCUUCUUCCAUUUGUAAAUAAACAAACACUUUUGUUUCGUGUAAUCCCACCCACUAUACAGACUGUUAACUGUCAGACAGAACUUGAAAAGGCUCCCUUCCGUUAAUUCUGCAAGAUGGCUGCAACUAGUGAACCUCACCUUAUCACAGCUGAAACCCGUACUCAAGCUUCUCCAUAUUUCAUUGAAUGGACAGUGCACAACUUUUUGUAUCCCAUUACCAACCCUGUAGAUUCUCCUAUUUUUAGUCUUGGUGAUGGUGUUGACUGUAGGUUUCAUUUGAAAUUCCAAAAUUUUAGUAAUCAAGAAGUUGUUAGCACAUCAGUCACUGUUCAUUACCGAUGUCCUGGGAAGAUCUGUUACAUUGAUAGAAAGGGGUUUCGUAACUCACAACAACAAAUUAAAGAAAACUGGUCUUCUCAACCACCAUUGAGGAUGGAGAAUGAUUCAACUGUUCAAUUUGGAACUAACUUGCACUUAUCAGAAAUAUCAAAGAAAAAGGCAGAAAGUAUACCAGAUAAUUCUCUCACUUUUUUCUGCUAUAUUACUGUGGUUGAAGAAAUGAUAGCUGCCAUUGACAAAAGUGUUCUCCUUCACAACAUGGCAACUGAUUUUGAAAAAGAACUAUAUAACAGUAAAAGUAGUGAUGUUACUCUAGAGGUGGAAGAUGAAACCAUACCAGCCCACAAGGCUGUUUUGGCUGCCAGAAGUCCUGUAUUUGCUGCCAUGUUUGACAGUGGCAUGUCUGAGCAACUCAGUGGCCAUGUUAGAAUUUCAGAUAUUAAGAAGGAAGCUGUGAAAGAACUACUUCGCUUCCUAUAUUGCUGUAGAGUGGAUCGUUUACAAGAUGUGGCUUAUGACUUGCUCCCUGCUGCUGAUAAGUACUGCCUCCCUGACUUAAAAGAUAUGUGUGAAAGAACAAUGGUAAAUCAAAUUAAAGUUGAAAAUGUGUUUAUGUAUCUUGAGUUGGCAAACAAUCACCAGUGUGAUGAGUUACGCAAAGCUUCAAUUCGUUAUAUAAAAGCUAAUCCAAAAGAGGUAAUGUCUUGUGGUGCAGAUGUAUUUAGGACACAUGCCUAUCUGCUAGCUGAGGUGUUUGAAGAGCUAGUCGGUGUCAGUAGCUAAAUUGUAAGGCUAGUCUAGAGUUCUUCUUCUACAGUUUGCCGAACAAAAUAAAAACUGUCAAUGUU